GGUAUAUCACAGGCGUCUGCACAUCAACAGGUCGAGUGCAAUACCGGUAUUGGAAAUCAUCAAUAACAAUCGGCGACCGUUCUCUAAUUUUAGACGAAUUCUUCGAUUUAUUUAGACGAAACCUUCAAACAUGUCAGACGAAGAAAGUGCUUCUAAAAGAUUGUGCACGGAGGCUAGUGCAUCGGCUGCUUCUGCUGAGUGCCCAAGCGAGAUGAUCAUUAAGGCAGAAGAUGAUGUCAAAUUUGAUCCCGAGAUAAUCAAUCCCCGUAAAAGUGCUUCUAAACGAUUGUGCACGGAGGCUAGUGCAUCGGCUGCUUCUGCUGAGUGCCCAAGCGAGAUGAUUCCGAUAUCGGAGAUAAAACAAGAAGUAUCGGAUCCGUCUUAUGAUACUUUUGCUAAUGUGAAGACCGAGGGAAGCGUAUCGGCUCCGUCUUAUGAUACUUUUGCUAAUGUGAAGACCGAGGGAAGCGGCAGUGCCGAUCCAGAUGUAAAAAUCUCCAGUGAUCUCCAUGUGGAAUCCGCCCUGAAUAUUAAGGCAGAAGAUGGUAGCAAAUUUGAUCCCGAUUUCAUCAAUCCCCGUACUGGGUGGCCAAUUGGAGUACAUCCUAGUGAUGAGUUAUAUGGAUGGAUUGAUCAUGGAAAUGUGGAUGCAUUCGGUGUAAAUCAGCCUCUUACUGUUAGUUUCGGCCCUAGCCAUUAUCGCUUUGACAGAGGAAAUGACAGCGGGGAUUUUGAUGUUAAAGAUAUCAAAGAAAAUACCUAUCCAGAUACCGGCAGCGAUUUCCAGAUUAAGGCAGAAGGAGACGUAGAAAUUAAACAGGAGCCCGUCGAUUAAACUCCUUUUGAAGGUGGCGCAGAUAUCCAGGGGAUUAAAAAAGAAAACUAAUUAUACAUUUUUGAAUCUAUGUAAUAUGUAUAUGUUUUGUAUAAUGUAAUAUGUCUAUGUUUUGUAUAUAUGUAAAUGUGUGUGUGUCUCAAAAUUAUCAAUGAAAUUAAGAAAAAUUGGUGUAAGAAAAUGAUACAAAAAUCAGAUAAUA